GUUACUGCCAAAUUUGCUAAAAUUCUGAAAAUGGCAGGAAAUGCGAAGAGGGUUUGGAACCCUCAUGCAAUGUAUGACCUCACGGUUGGGGAACAAAAAGCUAUUCAAGAGAGAGCUAAGAUGAGGGAGGCUUACAGGGCUGAAUGGCAAAAGAGAGUGACUAACCCAUUUCGCGGUGUUGGAGGAACAAUUUUUGAUCCUCAAGUUAUGAGAUGGAAUGCCUUGAAAGCUACUGGAUAUGAACAGUUUCGAGCUACCCCAAAGUCCGCAGCCAUUGGUUUUUCAGUGACGAUCCUACCAAUCACUUUACUGUAUCUAUUAGUUAAUAAUCAAAGGACAACUAGGGAGAAUAAAUGGAGGAAUGGAGAAGUAGACUACAAAGAUCGAGACUGGAAGUUUAUUUAAAUUAGGACACUUAGGAAAUUAUUUUAGCUGUUUUGUAGUGUAGUACAAUAUUUAAGGUUUCAUGGAGAAAUCUUUGUGGAGUUUUAUCAUUUGGACUGUGAAGUUCAUGAAUCUGAAUACUAUAAAAUACAAGGACAUCUGCCAUUCUGCCUAUUUUCAAAGAAAGAUAUGCAAAAAGACAGUAAAGAAUGACUCGAUUUGCCAAAUGUUUUCCCUGUACAUUUUUUGCAGUUCAUACUACAGAAAUUGUACUCAGUGUUUGCAGUUGUUGCAUUAUAUAAAAUAAAGAAAAAUAAGUAAAACAA